GAACGCCGUCAGCUCCACGGAGCAGCGAGCUGGCCGCCUCGCGCUCUGCCCUGAGGGUCCGAAUAGUCAGAGCUGCGGGAACCGAUGCGCCGGAGUCACUCAGGAGCUAAGGAGCCGCCAUCCCUCUCCCGCCUUGACCCUUAACCGCGCCCUCUCUAAGGCCCAGGCGCGGUCCAGGCGGCCGCGCGCUCACGAGCCCGCCGCUUGCGGCGGUCACGCGCACGCACGCUCGUGCGCCCGUUCCCUGAGAACCCGGAAGUGCGAGGGAGAGGCGAGCCACGUGGGUGGAGCUGGAGCGCAGCUCGCAUGGGGGAGUCUAUCCCGCUGGCAGCCCCGGUCCCGGUGGAACAGGCGGUGCUGGAGACGUUCUUCUCUCACCUGGGUAUCUUCUCUUACGACAAGGCCAAGGACAAUGUGGAGAAGGAACGAGAGGCCAACAAGAGCGCGGGGGGCAGCUGGCUGUCGCUGCUGGCGGCCUUGGCCCACCUGGCCGCGGCAGAGAAGGUCUAUCACAGCCUCACCUACCUGGGGCAGAAACUAGGGGGCCAGUCUUUCUUCAGCAGGAAGGACUCCAUCCGCACCAUCUAUACUUCCCUGCAUAAUGAGCUGAAGAAGGUGGUGACUGGCCGUGGUGCCCUUGGGGGGACCGCACCUCACGUGGAAGAGCUCCUUUCCCACCUGUCAGAGCAGCUCUGCUUCUUUGUUCAGGCUCGGAUGGAGAUCGCAGACUUCUAUGAGAAGAUGUACACCCUCAGCACACAGAAGUUCAUCAAUGCCGAAGAGCUCGUUGGCCUUUUAGACACCAUCCUCAAGAAAUACAGCUCCAGAUUUCACCACCCCAUCCUCAGUCCUUUGGAAAGCAGUUUCCAGCUGGAGGUCGACGUACUGAGUCAUCUCCUGAAGGCCCAGGCUCAGGUCUCCGAGUGGAAGUUCCUCCCGUCUCUGGUUAACUUACACAGCGCUCACACCAAGCUGCAGACUUGGGGCCAGAUCUUUGAAAAACAACGGGAGACCAAGAAACAUCUGUUUGGAGGGCAGUCCCAGAAGGCCAUUCAGCCCCCACACCUUUUCCUUUGGCUGCUGAAACUCAAAAACAUGCUUCUUGCCAAAUUUAGCUUCUACUUUCAUGAGGCACUGAGCCGACAAACGACUGCUUCAGAAAUGAAAGCGCUGACUGCAAAAGCCAACCCAGACCUCUUUGGAAAGAUUUCCAGCUUCAUCAGGAAAUACGACGCUGCCAACGUGUCCUUAAUCUUUGACAACCAGGGUUCCGAGAGCUUUCAGGGUCAUGGCUACCACCACCCCCAUUCCUACAGAGAGGCCCCAAAGGGCGUGGAUCAGUAUCCAGCCGUGGUAUCUCUGCCCAGCGACAGGCCUGUCCUGCACUGGCCCAAUGUCAUCAUGAUCAUGACAGACCGCACGUCCGACCUGAACAGCUUGGAGAAAGUGGUCCACUUCUAUGAUGACAAAGUUCAGAGCACCUACUUCCUUACCCGCCCAGAACCCCACUUUACCAUUGUCGUCAUUUUCGAGUCAAAGAAAUCCGAAAGAGACUCCCACUUUAUUUCCUUCCUUAGUGAGAUCUCACUUGCCCUUAAGAACCCCAAGGUUUUUGCGAGUCUGAAACCUGGAUCCAAAGGUUAGCAGGUGAUUUGUGUGAAAGGUUUUCAAGACUGGAACUUGGGUUCUUAAUUGCUCUAACGAUGAUCUACAGUGGUCUGUGAUUAGAGUUUCCAUCCACCUGUGCUGCUUUCAGAUCUAAAUUAAAGACACAUCCUCCCUAAUUGUGUUGCACCCUUUAUAAGCAGUUAAGGCCAGCUGAGUUACGUAUCCAAAGAGUAAGCUAGGUGAUCAUGGCUGCCGGUCUCCGUGGUACAGCAAGGUACUUUCGGCAUUUUCUCCUUUUUUCCUGUAUUUCAUGUAGAUUAAUAUUUAUUGGCCUUUGAUUUUUCUUUCCAGACGUUUUAUAUUAUUCUAAACGUGGUGUUCCAGUGCAAUUUCAAAUGCCCUCUCCUUUCCCCCUCUUUCUGGAUGAGUAAUUGGGAUACGAUAUUAAACGGCUUUUUUAGAAUCAAGGAGUGUUUUCUAGCUCAUAAAUUAGCAAAUUAACAUGAAACUUUAAGUUUUGUGAUCAACAAGUUAAUAUUUUUGAUGCCAAAAUUAGGAUCUUGGUGAGAAAUGUCUAUCAGUUUGUGAAAUUGAAGGUGAAUCAGAGUGGUAGCCUAGCAUUUGUUUUUUAACAAUUCUGAAGAUACUCAUGGCAACUUUAAUAGCAGUGGUUUCUUUUGAGGUGACCUACACACCUAGCUGCGUUUGCUUUUCCCCUUAUAAAGUUUCAGUUUUUCACUCUGUUUUAAAGUUAGCGUAAUCCAUUAAGUGGGGUUUCUUCCUUCUUCAGAGUAUAAUCUGCUUGGCUCUCUAUCACCUUUCUGCUGAAAUGUGUGUUCAUGUUUGGCUCUAUAUUCCCUGGUUAUUUUUAGGCUGAAAAAACAGGCCGUCUUGGUUUUUCAGCCACUUUUAUGCAACUUAGCCUACUUUUAUAAAAUCAAAAUGGAGGUCUUGAUACCUUUUACUUGCUAAAAAUCAAUUGUGCAUUAAAAAGACCUCUUCGUAGUUGAGUCAUCAACCCCACAGUUAAGCACAUCUGAACUAAGGUUUCAUGCCGGUCUCCUCCACAUUAUUUUUAGAAGCAGUGAUACAUCUUAACACAUGCUUCCUUAACACUUUCCUUCAGUAGGUGUUCAUGGGGAAGGAGACGGGUCAGUAAAGCCUAAUGGGCUGUGGAGACCUUCACUUCUAGGUUAUUGAUUCAGAAUAAAAAUAAGCCACAAAGAGUAAUUGAGUUUUAACUAUUUGAUAGUUCCUUCAAAGCUUGUGUGCAGCGUAAUUAUCAGAGCAUUCCUGUUUUUCAUGAUUGCACGGAGCCACUGUUUUUACUGGGCGGCCCCAGCAGGCAAGCUGGCGGCAUUGGCAGAGACCGGAGAGCCCCUUUGAGCCCAUGUAGGAGGCCUGCCCACCUCAGCCUGGACUCCCUGGUGGAAGAGCCCACUGGCCUGUUUUCUGGGGAGAACAUGUGUUUUUCUUUUUCCUUUUUUUUUUUUUUAAGUCAUAUGAUUUGUAAAAAGCCAGUUUGCUUUAAAUAGAAAGUAGUGAUUUCCCUCUGCAUUUUAUUCACUCAGGUUCUGUGAAAAUCUGGACCGAUUUUACAACAUUGAACUUACAUAAAAAAUUGAAAACAAUUGGAACUAAAAAGUCAAGUCAUUUUUCCUCCCUUUCAUGUUUUGCUGAGAAGCUGAAAAAUAUUCCUUGGUUUUCUUGUAUUUUUUUUUCCCUGGGUAAAACCACCAUUAGCCUUAAUGAUAUGGUCUCCCAUGUACCUAAAAGAAAUAUGCUUCAGUGGAACGUGGAGGCGAGUGUAAAUAAAACAUAUAUACGAUAUUUAAAUAAUUAGCCCUCGCCUAGAACAUAUUUGAAUUGUAUAUUUAUUUUUAAACAUAUUUUGGUUCAAGCCAAGAAACAGUCAUUUUACUCUGAGAUUUGUCCUUUAAAAUCAGUAAUGAAAUGAUCUAUAAAGUCUGUGUUUUGCUAAUUGGAAGAGUACAUCCUCAUAUUUUCUGCAGACUGCUUGCUUUGAAAUAUGUUUCUAAACCACAACUUGAUCGAUGUUUAUGGGUAACCAGGAGUGUAGUGAACACUUAUUUGUUUGCCAACAAGGCCAUCAAGGAGUGUUCAUUUCAGGAUGCUGUUUGGACACAGGGUAAAUUUUACGACUUUGUCCUUUGGGUCCAACCUGGUGUCUGACUAUGUCAUUUUAGGGAGUGUGUGACAAUAAAGCUGAAUUCUUACCUGAGGAGCCAAUACCCUUUAUAUAAUUGCUUUGUAUGUUUGGACAUACUGGAGAAAAUUUACUUUCAAGAAAGAAAAUAGUUGGUAUUUUCAACCUCACUCCCAGUAGUCAGUCAGGUGAUGGUCAAAAUAAGUUCACCCUUUGAUCUAACAGCAAUCCUGCAAUUUUCUUUGGCAAGUCAGCCUCUGAGCUUGACUUCCUUAUCUGUAAAAUGGGGAUAAGGAAACGUGGGCUUUUUCAAAGGAUGUGUAAGAAUGGAGUGACAUCACGCAUGUAAAAAAAAAAAAAAGGCUUUGCAAACUUACUUGAGUUUGAAUGUUUAAAUAAAAGAUGGACCACUCUUUCUUUAAACUCA